UGCCUUGGGCAGUUUUGUUACUCCUACCCUUCAAGAUGAUCUAGAAAGCGGUGAAGUUAACUUGGUUUCUGUUGAUGAUCUAAUGAAAAUGAAAGAGGAUGGCAAGCAUUGGGUCUGUGGAGAGAUAUUGGCAAUAGACAGUUACCGAGAUUGGUACUAUAUUUCUUGCAAGGGGUGUAGUAGAAAAGUGAAAUCUGAAGGUGAUAGUUUCAGGUGUGGAGCGUGCAACACUACAGAAGUUGUUCUGAGGUACAAGGUCAAUGUGAGGGUGAUGGAUGAAACCGGUCAUGCUUCCUUUGUAUUUUGGGACAAAGAAUGCACUGCUUUGGUAGGAAAGACAGCAAAUACUCUUCGUGAAGAGAUUGAAAAGAAAGGUGCUGGACUUUACUAUUUUCCAGUUGAAAUUGAUGCAUUGGUUGGAAUUGAGGGGUUGUUUCGAGUUCAAACAAAGAGUGAAACUAUAAGCUACAGGGGUGUGCCAACGUUUAGUGUAAUUGGGAUGAAUUGUGAUCCUGCCGUUGUGGGUUUGUACAAGAGCAAGAAUAAAGGAAAAGCAGUGGAGGAUGAAGAUGAUUUC